AUGUCUAUCUCAAAAUCCUCAGACAACCCCUUCAAUCUCUUUGAACCCUUUCUCACAGAAACAGGUUUUGCAUUAUUACAACGUAAUACAUCUAUCGCUUUACCAACUGAAAGAAGAGGCAGAAAAAAACAAACAGAACCAGGAAGAUUUCUUGGUGUAAGAAGGAGACCUUGGGGCAGAUAUGCUGCUGAAAUAAGGGACCCUGCAACCAAAGAAAGACACUGGCUUGGGACUUUCGAUACUGCCCAAGAAGCUGCUCUUGCAUAUGAUAGGGCUGCCCUAAACAUUAAGGGCACUCAAGCAAGAACCAAUUUUAUAUAUUCUGAUAAUUAUAGUAAUACACCUUUUCAAUCUUUUUUGAGUACCCCUUUUGAUCUCCAAGGUUUCUUGCAGCAGCCGACAAAUCAAAACAGUGCGUCCUCUUUGACGUCGACUUUGCAGGUACCGAUUCAACGUACUGAUCAAGACGAGGAUGAUCAUCAUAAUCAAAACAGUACGUUUCAGACUGACAUUCCACGAAAAGAUAAUCAGCACACAGUGAAAACUGAUUAUGAUGACAGUUUCUUUAUUUCUACUGACAGUUCAAACUCCGGCUAUUUGGAUUGCAUUGUUCCUAAAAACUGUUUGAAGCCUCCUACUGCUACUACUGCCAGCAUGAACUCAGACAAAACCAAUGAAAAUAAUUCUUCACAUAAUCAGAAAUUCUACCCAGAUUUGAGUUUCUUGCAGAAUCUGCCGUGUUAUGAUAGUAAUGAAUUUCUUGUUGAUUCGACGAGUGUUUCAACAAUGAUGUCGAACCCGGAAAGUUUCUGGAAUGAUGAUCAGCAGUCAUGGGGACUGAGUUCUUGUGAACUUUCAGCCAUGAUAAACAGUUCUUCAAAUGGAUGCAUGGGAACUUUGGAUUCAGUGUGUGAUUAUCCAAGUUUUGAGAUGAUGGAUCCAACAAGUUCAGCAGAAAGUUGCACAUCUUUAUUUCCUUAUUUUGGGGAUACAGUAGACUUGGGGUACUCUCCUUUUUGA